UAUCAAAUAAAGAUGUAACAAUUGAGAGUUAGUUUUGUACUACCAAGCUUACAAAUAGCCAGUGCGUAGCUUUGAUUGCAGUGGAUACUUGAAACAGUAGUAAUCACAGAAGGUUUGCACUGGGGAGUACUGUGGAGAUUUUUUGCCUAUUACCAUCAACAGCUGUGCUCUACAUGAAGAAGCAAUUAAAAAGUAUUUUAUUUUCUUUUGGAAAUAUGAGACCACAAAUAAUUUUAACAGAGUCUAACAGAGUCUUUUUAAGUUACAUAGAUUUUUUGAGUUAGCGUUACUUUCUUUUCUAUGAACCUAAGUUUUUGUUUGUUUUAAGACCAUGAGCUUAGCUUAUGUGAUGACUUGCUAAAAUUGUGGAAGAGUGAAAAUGAUAGUGGUGACAUCCUCACUUAAGCUCUUAUUGAAUGGAUAGUAUUUGGAUGGAUUUGACUUAAUGGAUUAUCAUUUUUUAAUUUAGAGUUUCUUUGUAGGGAAUGGCAGUGGCAAUUGUAAGAUGAUAUAUUUAAACUGUUUCCUUCUGUCCUUGAAGGUUACAGAAAACAGAUCAGACCUUGAAGAUUUACACCUUUACGCAACACCUCGGGAGCAGCGGUUUCGUAGGUUUGCCAGUUUAGAAUUUGAAGGACAGCUGUAUAUGACUCCAUAUGACUUCAUUCAGGCUGUCACAAAUGAUGAACCGAAACGCACUAAAAAGUGGCGAUCCCUUUCCAAGCAGGAAUUGAAUCAGAUCCUUAUGGAGACACCACCAGUUUGGAAAGGGUCAUCCAAACUUUUCCGUAAUCUUAAUGAGAAAGGUGUGAUAUCUUACACAGAAUAUUUAUUCCUCUUAUGUAUUUUAACAAAGCCACAUGCAGGUUUUAGAAUUGCUUUCAACAUGUUUGAUACUGAUGGCAAUGAAAUGGUGGACAAAAAGGAAUUCUUAGUGGUACGUAUAACUUCAGUGUUUGAACCUUUUAAUGUUUUUAUAUAAUCUUGAAAUUCAGUUUUUGUUGUGAUUGAGA